AUGGCGCUUACCAUCAGGAAGCUCAACGGUGAUGCAUCAUUCUUGCUCACCCUGGAGCCGAUUGAACUGGGUUUGCUUGGCGCAGCGACAUCGCCAGAGCCAUUCCGAAUCCUCCUCGACCCAUGCCUCACAGCGCCACCAGGCAGGCCAGAUGCUAAACUGUCAUCAUCAAAGCGUGACGCACCUUAUCCUGCCACUUUGGAAAACCUGCCGGAGCCCGACGUCAUUAUUAUCAGCAGUAAUCGAGGUGAUCACUGCAAUGAGAGUACCUUGCGAUACUUUGCCCACCGUGGUGCCCAAUCGCUUGUACUUGCUGAACCCACAGCCGCGAGGACGAUAAAAAACUGGCGAUAUUUCGAACAAGGCAGAGUCUUAAGCCUUCUUCCAUGGCAGGAUCCUCGACGGACCGGGCAGGACAAUGCUAUCAGAAUGCCGAUCCCAGCGAGAGUCAUUGGGGGUAAUGAAGGCAUGGUCACCGUUGCCUUCAUUACCCGAAAGCGAGAUCGGAAAAGGCUGCAUUCGGCCAUUGGCAUCACGUACCGGCCGGCUUCAUCUGGCCCAGCCGUUUCACGUCGACCUACUAGUACCAUCAUCUCCAAGCCGUCUGCUGCUGCUCCAUCUCUGGCAUCACAGACGGGUAGCCUUGCUCGUCUCGGUAGGCUUGACUCUCCCACUCUGCCACCCCUGCCGGCUUUCAAACCACUCGCCUCUCCAUCGAUUCCCGACCUGAGAACCAUUCGAACAAGUCGAUCCAUGGCAUCCCUCUCGCCCCAUGCCAGAGAUCGAGGUGUUUCUGUCAUUUUCUCCCCGCAUGGCAUACCGUACACUGGAGUUGAGCCAUACGCCACGUCCCAUCUCUUGGCUGAAGCGGCACUCCCGCUCACUGCCCUCCUGCACUGUUUUGAUACCGUAUCGCGGCCGUGGUGGCUCGGAGGGGAUCUCACCACCGGCUUCGAUAAUGGCCAGGAAAUCAUCGCGAAACUCGGGGCAAGAGCUUGGGUCAGCACCUAUGACGGGGAUAAAGGCGUCACCGGCUUGACUGCAAGGUUCACGCGGCAUAAAAAGUACAGCCGAGAUGACGUGCGACAGUUGGUGCAGGGAACAGCUGACGCAGGUGCGGCAGGCCAUAAGUCCACUGCCCAAAACAACAACAAGAUGAUCGAGAGACGGACAGAAGUACUCAGUUUGAGUAUCGGCGAGGAUGUUACGCUGACGAGUGAAGGAAUCUGGGCAACUGACCAGGUCCCGAUAACGGACUCGACUCGUCUUAGCAUUCGACAUGUGUCCGAGCAUUUCUGUCAAUGGCAAGGUGAUGCCGCGACCUUCAAGAAGAGCCAAACCCGGCCAAUUUCCGUCACGGUUUGA